GACCAGCGAUAACAACAACCGUACAAGAUCCUGCCGUGUAAUCAACGUCUUUCGCACAUUACCUAGCCGUCGCCUCCCAGUGUGGAAGAGUAUCCCGAAUUUCACCUUUCACAACGACAAUUACAACAUCUGAACUGCAACCAUGUCUGGUCCGGAUGAAUGGCUCGAAACAGUGAAGAAAUGUCAGUAUCUUCCUGAACCUGACAUAAAAAAACUCUGUGACAUGGUUAAGGAGCUCUUGAUGGAGGAAUCAAAUAUUCAGCCCGUACAUUCACCAGUUACGGUUUGUGGCGACAUUCAUGGUCAAUUCUACGAUCUACUGGAGUUAUUUAAAGUGGGAGGGGAGAUACCUAAUACGAGCUACAUUUUCAUGGGGGAUUUUGUGGAUCGGGGGUAUUACAGCUUGGAAACGUUCACACUAUUACUGGCACUGAAGGCCAGGUACCCAGAUAAGAUCACCCUAUUGAGGGGCAAUCACGAGAGCCGACAAAUUACACAGGUGUACGGAUUUUACGAUGAAUGUCAGACCAAAUAUGGGAACGCAAACGUGUGGAAAUACUGCUGUUCUGUAUUCGAUUAUCUGACACUAGCAGCGAUUGUCGACGGGCGGGUGUUAUGUGUGCAUGGUGGCCUUUCUCCUGAUGUGCGGACACUGGACCAGAUCCGAACGAUACAGCGAUGCCAAGAGAUUCCGCAUGAGGGCGCCUUCUGUGAUCUGAUGUGGUCAGAUCCAGAGGACAUCGACACAUGGGCGGUGAGUCCGCGAGGGGCUGGAUGGCUAUUCGGGAGCAAAGUUACGUCUGAGUUCAAUCAUGUAAAUAACCUUAUCCUUAUUGCACGAGCACACCAAUUGGUACAAGAGGGGUAUAAGUACAUGUUCCAAGAUGAAAAUCUUGUUACCGUAUGGUCCGCACCAAACUACUGUUACCGUUGCGGCAACGUUGCCUCGAUCAUGUCGAUUGACGAGAGUUUAGAGAUCAAUGAAAGUUCCUUCAAAAUCUUCAACGCAGUACCGGACACGGAACGAGUGGUACCACCUAGACAGACAACGCCAUAUUUCUUAUGAUGGGGCAUAUGUAAGAACGGGACAUUACAGAAGCAAUAUAAUGUAUGUCUAUGAUUGACUGAAUGGUAUCUGACCAGGAUUUUCUACUUCUUCAAUAAUACUCUUUAAAUUGUGGUUGGUGACUUUUUCUGUAUGAAGGAUAUAGUGCAUGUACUAUAAAGUAUCAUUUGGAUACUUUCAAUUAUAAACACACGAGGCUAAGAGCUGCUUACACAUGACUCGCGUAAGCAGCGGAUGUUCAAUAGCCUUUCCGAUUGUCAUUGAAAAACACUAGGCGC